ACACACACACACACACACAUCUCUCCCCAAAGAAAGCAUGAAACCACUGUGUUCAAAGAAGGGCUGAAGAAUGUCUUUCAGCUCCCAAGCUCUCCACCAACUCCACUCCCCACGUAGGCAGACAUUCUCUCCAUCAGAAGAAGAAUAUAACUCCGAUUGCCUCACAAGAAAAAAAAAAGAACAUGAUGGAAACACAUCAGGCUUAAAACUCAUGUUAUGUCUCAUCCUUCUGCAUCUAUUGAUGUCUCUCCCUUCAAGGCCCAAGUCAUAUGUCACCUCCUCUGUGAAGCCUUCCCUGAGUGCUCCACACUGACAAGGGAAGUCCUCAAGUGUUUCCCAGCUCUUUGCCUGGCUCUCUCCUUUGCCCAUUUCACAAUCAUCUUCUCAUAUGAAGCGUAGUUAUUUGUCACCUGCCUUUUUCCUCUUAGACUGUAAGUUCUUUGAGAUCUGGGUUUUAUGUCUAGUUACCUUCUGUGCCCCAAACCUCUAGAGAAGGCCUUGCACUUAGUGGGUACUUAACAGAUGUAUGUUAAAUUGAGUUACCAAUAUAAUAUUAUCUCAGGUGAUCCUUUCAAAACCUGUGAAAUGGGCAUAUUAGGAAUGCUAAUUAAGGUGGGACAUACAGGACUUUGAACCAGGUCAUUGACAUUUGGGAAGGCUAUCAUUGCCAGUUUGUGUUCCUUUCACAGUUAAAGAACAAAAACAAAAACAAAAACAAACACUGAGCUUAGCACCUAGUGAGUAAAAAUAAUUUGUUGAAAUAGGAAGCUACCAGUUGGGAAUGAUGCUUUCUGAGACCUCUCCCCAUUAUCAGGUAAGACAGGAAUCUCUUCUCAAAUGUUGUUGCAAGUGUGUGUCGGGGGGGAUCCCCUCUCUGGCCCUGAGAUGUGGGGCCACCCUCCCUCCCCUCAGAUUGUAUAAGAUCUGCGUACUCAGAAGAUAAACAGACUUUGCCUGGAGAGACUGCCCAGGGGGCUGUGAGCCUGCCCCUUCGGAGACUGGUUUACACAACCUGUGGGGCUCUUCUCCAGCUUCAUAAAUCUUGCACCCUCCCCCAAGGCAUUGCUACCAACGUGGUGAGGGUGUUUAGACAAAGUGGAAGCAGCUCCGUGUUUAUUUGGUACAAGGGAUCGGAGUGGGAGUUAUGGGAAGGCUGUGUGCCUUCCUGACCCAAAGACUGAAAGACCCAGCCAUCGGUGCUCAGUCAUGAAAGAUGAGGAAACCUUCCUCCGUGCCAUAGAGGUCCUGGAAUUCCACAGGAGCUGAGGAAAAUUUUCCAUCCUUGUCCUUAAACAAUCACCGUCAGGAGCUGAAGGAGCUAACAGGAGUAGAAGAAAGAAUCCCUGGCCCCAUCCCCCUGGAAGUCAUGGUGGCAUGCAUCCUCUCAACUGAUGGAAACAGCUCCUCUGAUUCUGAGAGUAACACCACAGCCAGCACCGCAUUUUCACUGCCUGGAUGGCAGCUAGCCCUCUGGGCCGUGGCUUACCUCUUCCUGAUACUGGUGGCCCUCACGGGCAACAUUACCGUCAUCUGGAUCAUCCUGGCGCACAAGAAGAUGCGAACAGUGACUAACUAUUUCAUCGUAAACCUAGCCCUGGCUGACACCUGCAUCGCCACCUUCAACGUCACCUUCAAUUUUGUCUACGCCAGCCACAACAUCUGGUACUUUGGCCAAGCCUUCUGCCACUCCCAGAAUUUCGUCCCUGUCAUGGCGAUGUUCGUGAGCAUUUAUUCCAUGAUGGUCAUUGCUGUGGACAGGUACAUGGCUAUCAUCCAUCCCUUCCAACCCCGGCUGUCGACCCUCCACACCAAGGUCGUCAUUGGGGCCAUCUGGCUGGUGGCCUCCGGACUGGCCUUCCCUCAGUUUUUCUACUCCACGGUCACUGUGGACGAGGGGGUCACCAAGUGCAUCGUGGACUGGCCGGAGGACGGCAAGGGCAAGGUCCUUGUGUACCAUCUCACUGUGAUUAUCCUGACUUACUUCUUGCCACUGGUGGUGAUGUUUUUCACGUACAGCAUCAUGGGCGUCACCCUCUGGAGACAGGUCGUCCCUGGACACCAGCUGGUCAGGCUCCAGCAGAGGCCGAGACACAUUGCAGCAAAAAAGAGGUUCGUGAAGACCAUGGUGGUGGUGAUGGUGACUUUUGCCAUCUGCUGGCUCCCCUACCAUCUUUACUUCAUCCUGGGCACCUUUCGUCAGGACAUCUAUUGCCACAAGUUUAUCCAGCAGGUCUACCUGGCCCUCUUCUGGCUCGCCAUGAGCUCCACCAUGUACAACCCCAUCAUCUACUGCUGCCUCAACCAAAGGUUCCGCUCUGGUUUCCGACUUGCCUUUCGCUGCUGCCCCUGGGUCACCCCGCCUGAUGAAGACAAGCUAAAACUCUUCCAGAGCCAGUCACUGUUGAUGACCAUUCACAAAAACCAUACCAAAAUGUCACUCUCUGUCAGAAAAGCAUCUUUCCCAGAAACCCCCAAUGAGUAGGAGGGAGACCUUGGGUACCAGCUUUCUAGUGAACUCUGAUGGCCAUCCCUUCCUCUUUGCCUUGCUGGAGUCACAAAUGGAAUCCCUUCUCCUUUAUUCUACCCCCAAUUCCUCCCUUGGAAACAGCAAUACCCAGUUUGGAAAUUCAUUCCUUAACUGUCUAGUGAAAAGCAAAAAACAGGCUAGUUCAAGCCUUGGAAUUCUAUAAAAUUAGGUUUGUGCUUAAAAAAAAAAAAAAAAGGACAAAAAACCAAACCAAAA